CACCGUGGAGAGAGGGAGGAGGGGUACGGGAGGCGUCCGAACCGUAGAGGGGGUGAGCUGAGACCACCCCCGGCACAGGCCUCGGGAUCUUCAUCACCACCACAUACGGCUUUUCAUCCUCACCCCAAAGGUCCAAAUGUGGCUCUUGAGCUUCCUGUCACCCUCACCCUGAGGGCUGUAUUCCUGCAGGUGGGGUGUGGGACCUCUUGACAAUCCCCUCUCUAUCCUGCCUCCAUCUGGUGGGGUCAACCCUCCAGUGCCCAUCUAGGGCACUCAGCACCCUCCUGAUGACCCUGGGGACUUCCUUCCCUGGCAGGUACGAGCCUGUCCCAGCCUUCCCCAUCUCCUCGGUGUGCUGCCUUGUCCUUGAAACCAUCCACAGGCAGGAGCCCCUGUGGGCAUUGCUGGUGGGACAUCUUCCCAGAGGCCAGGAGGGACAAGCAACCCUGGGACGGGGAUAUCAGCACCUGCCAGCCCAUCCCUGCUUCACGCCGUGGCUCAGCCUCUCAGACCCUUCCUGCCUCUGAGGCAAUAAACGGUAAAACCAGGAGAUUUCAACACAGAGAUGGCCCAACUUCACCCCACAGCAUGCAGAGCACUUCCUCUGCUUUCUGGCAGGACUCUGUGCUUCAACAGAGCAAAUGUCCCCUGGUUUUGGAUACACUGGAAAGCCAUAGCCCUCUCCCCAGCCCUCCCAUGCUCCUGCAGAACCCACUGGUGUUGGGCCAUGCUGGUUCUGCUGUGUGACCCUCACGAAUUGUCUCUACCCUCUGCAGGUCCCAUGGGGCUCUGAAGACCUGACCUACAGCAGGUUCUUGUUGGCCACCCUUGGACAAGAACAUAACUCCCCCUCCUGAUCCUCUCAGCAGCCCAUCCCUCACAUCCCAGAGCUGCUUCCUGAACCCCAGGUUCUUUUCUGGAUGAGACUCUUAUGGGGAGCAGGCUUUCGUGGGCUUCAAGUCCAAACAGCAUUGCAUCAGGAGCUCCACCUCCUCUUUCUCCUCCUGCUCUUUCACAGUCACUCUAUAGCGACUUCCUGGCACUGCACACAACUUCUCAUCAACCAUUAGCAAAGAGCUUAUGGUUUCAGCAGAGGAGGACUUUGGAGAGGUUUGCCUUGUACCAGUCCUUCUGCUUGGAUGACUCUGGUGGCCUUCAGGAAGGAGGAGAGCACACAGGAAAGUGUCUGCUGAUGGAAAAUGACACAUCUGGAGGGGAAAGAGGCCGUGGUGAGGCACCUUCGGGCAAAGUUCCAAGGGAACAGGAUAGAUCCUCCCAGAGGAAGUGGCUCUGCAGCAUCCCCUGCACCAGGCUCCAAGGGUGAGCCACCUCCUGAGCCUGCCUGGGUCAGGAGGUUGGACUUCAGCAGAGCCUCUCCAUCUCACAGUAAAGAUCAGAGUGUGGGACAGCAUUUGCCCCCUCCUGCUGUCAGUGAGACCCCGAGAUGGCUGGUGCAACUGAAGAAGGGGAUUGCUCAAGACACCAGUUCCCCCCCAACCCCUGCAAAGCCAGGAGGAGAAGACACAUCAAGAAAGGAGGUGGCAGCCACCUCUGAUCCUCCCCAGAGAAACCCAGCCCCACAGACAUGGCCACUUGCCAAAGACAAGGGUCCUCCAGCAGUUCCUGCUAAAAGUGCAGCUGUUGCAGCCUCCUCAGACAUUGUGAGAAGCUCUCCCAGGGCAGGGCACCCAGCUCUGCCUCGGAGGAAGCCUUUGCCCCAUGCCAAGGUGCUGGGAGCAAGGCCAGGCAAGCCCAGGCGCCCUCCUGUCGUGGAUCUGGAGAAGUUUUGUGUGGUUGCACAUCCCAGGACAGCCAUCUGGCCUGCCAUGGAGCCACCAAGGAGAGCUUGUCCAGGUUCAGCCAAACCAGGCUGUGCUGCAUCAGCUCCGGCACGGUUCCCCCCGCAGGAUGCUCCAAGUGUGGUGGGGGAUGAAGAUGAGAUAUAUGAUGAUGUAGAGCCCAUUGGUUUCCUCAGGAAAAGCCAAGAUUUUCUGCUGCCCUCCAUGUCCUGGCUGCCAGCACAUCCCCACCCCAGAGGAGGUGGUGGUGCUGGUCAAGCCUCUAACAGAGUUGCUUUCCUGGCAGCUGCACAGAGAGAAGCCCAUGUCUCUCAGAAGAUGAAGCCAAUGACGCUCAAGGAAUGCAAGAAGGAAGAGAAGGCAGACAGGGAAUUUCAGAAGAAAUUCAAGUUUGAAGGAAGCAUCAGUGUCCUGACUCGAAUGAUGGUCGACCCCGCAGCACCAGAGAAGAGGGGUGGAGGGAAGAACCUGCCACUGAGACGAGGAGAAAUUCUUGAUGUGAUUCAGUUUACAAAUCAAGAGCAAAUCCUCUGUCGAAACAGCCAGAGGAGGUAUGGCUACGUGCCCCGGGCUGUGAUGCUUCACCUGGACACUGACAUCUAUGAUGACGUUGAGACUUAUGGUUGAGUGAUCUGCACUAAAGGCAAAGGCACAAGAUCGUUCCAACAGAGACCUCCCCAAGGGCUGAAACCUGAAAAGCACAAUAUGCCACACUCCUGCUUGGGAAGGAGCUCUGCUUCCUCUGAGAUGACUGCAAAAGCCACCGUGUCCUUGGGCUGCAAGGACCCUGUCUCAGAGGGCAGGGGGGUGAAAAAGAUCCUCAAGUCCAAAUA